CGUGUAGUACCUGGUCCACGUCGGACUGGAUCGGAAUGAGAAACAGGAUCAAUACAUUCACCGUUAACGGAUCUACUCACCCAUAGACAUCAUUCGCCCCGAUAUUCUCUUAAAAUGUCGCAGCAGGAUCUAUUUACCUCUUUCUGAGAGACUGGAGCCCCUUCAGGUACUAAGACAAUCUGACCUUAAAGGCAAUUAUUGACCAGAAGACAUGAAACUGACCAAUUUUCUGUCAUCAGGGGAUAUCAGGAUGUCUUGGAUUGUUGAUCUUGCUGGAAAAGCAGAGGACUUACUGAAUAAAGUGGACCAGGGUGCUGCCACUGCUUUGACAAAACAUUCAGCUCAGAAGUCCUCGCUGCUCUACAACAGCCCUGACACCACAGAUUCAAUCCGGUACAACUCUGCAGCUUACAGCUCCACCCAUGACCAGCAUCACAGUGACUCCCUCUCCACCUCAUCUCAUGGAACUUCAGCUUUCAUCUCCACAGCUGCUGGGAACAUCAAGAAAUCCAAAGCCACCGUUUUGGCUGGUACAACUAAUAUCUCCAGCACCAUGCCAUUGGGUUCCAGCAGCAAGGCAUCAACCAACUUUGUGCGGCCCAUAAAGCCGGAAGUGAACGAUGAUUUGCUCUUUGACUUCCUGAACAGUUCAGACCCACCGCAGACUGAAAGAAAGGAGGUCAGGAGAGAAACUGUGUCUAAAGUGUUGGGCCCUGCAGUGGGGUCAACUCAGACCCAGGUGCCCCCCACAUUUGUGGCCAGCGACCUCCAGAUGGGCCCCUCUGUCACUGCAGCCUCGUCCUCCACACAGGGCCUGUCCAGAAAUUCUAGCCUUAGCUCUCUCUCCAACAGCUCACACAGUGUUAAAACAGAGGAUGGCUCCACUCGAGACCAAACCCACGCUGGUGCUCCAGAGAGUUUAAACUCGGGGCUGGAUGAACCUGCGGAGCCCCAGGAAGCACUGGAGAUCCCACCUCAAGAGCUGCAGCAGCAGCAGGGCCAAGAGCAGGUCAUUUCCAAUCUUCGUCUCGAGAAUCAGCUGCUGCGCAAUGAAGUGUCUUCUCUCAACCAAGAGAUGGCCUCUCUAAUCCAGAGAGCCAAAGACAUGCAGGAGGAAGUGAACCUCGCCAGAGCUCGUGCUGACAAGUGGAAUUCGAACCAGUCUCGCGUUGAUCGCACAGUUCGAGAGCUGAGUGCGCAGGUCGAUGACCUCACAGAAGCUCUUUCAGCUAAAGAUGGUCAGCUGGCGGUCCUGAAGGUGCGGCUGGAUGAGGCAGAUCAGCUGCUGAAGGCCAGAAGUUCUGCACUUGAGGAAGCGCAGAAUGAGAGGAGCAGGAUACUGCAUGACCACAGUGAGGGCAGCAGUCUUCAGUCUCAGGCUUUACAGACACUACAGGACCGAGUGAGAGAGGCAGAUGCUGCUCUUAAGAGAGAACAUGAGAGCUACAGACAGAUGCAGAGUGAGUUUGCAGCCCGGAUGGCGAAGGUAGAGGCAGAGCGCCAGACAUUGGCAGAGUCAUUAACGAGCGCAGAGCGUCGCAUGACAGAGGAGAAACAGAGAGCUGAUGAACUUCAGCAGCAGGUGAAAAGUGCUCGCUCCGCAGCAGAGUAUGCCAAACAAGAGCUACAGGACUACAGAAACAAAGCCUCACGCAUAUUACAGUCAAAGGAGAAGCUGAUCAGCAGUCUGAAGGAAGGCUCGGGUCUGGAGGUCCUAGAGGGGGCUGGGGCAGGAGUUGAACUCGAGGAGCUACGACAUGAGAAAGAGUUGCAAAGAGAAGAGAUUCAAAAACUACAGGCCCAAAUACAGAUCUUACGAACAGACAUACAGGAUCUGGAAACUCAGGCAUUCACAGAGACCGAGAACUGGAGAGAACAAAUGGCAGAGGUACAGGAGCAACAUGCCCAGCAGAUCAGAGCCAAACAGGAAAUAGAGGCAGAGCUGGAGAGGUCCAAACAGGAACUUCAGUACAUUGAGGAAGAGCAUCAUCGCACUAAAAUCACCCUGCAGGGCCGCGUCAAAGACAGAGAGGAGGAGAUCCAGAAGCUUAGAAACCAGCUGACUAAUAAGGCUCUAAGCAACAGCAGUCAGGCGGAGCUGGAGGGCCGUUUGCACCAACUGACAGAGACCCUGAUUCAGAAGCAGACCAUGUUAGAGGCCUUGGGCACUGAGAAGAACUCACUGGUCUUUCAGCUUGAGAGGCUGGAACAGCAACUGAAGAGCCUGCAGGGCGGUCAGAACAGCGGCUCACAUAUCAACAUGGCUGCCAUGGAUGGACCAGGCGCUAGGCAGAGGAACACACCGAUCCUGUUUAGUGAUGCAGAUGGCCCAGGAACAGGAGUGUAUGGGAAGGUCCGUAAAGCUGCCAGCACCAUUGACCGUUUCAGUAUACGUCUAGGAAUCUUUCUCAGACGUUACCCCAUGGCCAGGGUCUUUGUUAUUAUUUAUAUGGCACUACUACACCUUUGGGUAAUGAUUGUCCUUUUAACGUACACACCAGAGAUGCACCACAAUCAUCCUGAUGGGAGAUAAAGGACUUUCUUUCUGUAAUAUAACAAUCUGUUUCUGAUUAGUAAAGGUUACAUUUAGGGAGUGCUCAGUAUGCAUUCACCUUUGAGCUGACAUCUGCAAUUUGCACAGACAUGCCUUUGGGCAGUUUUCUCUCACUCUCUUUGUCUAACUCUGUGUCUCUUCCCCUCAAUCUCUUUUCUGUCUUGGCCCAAAACAUGAUUGAAUGCUUUCAAUAAAGUGUGGUGUGAGCCUUAAGAGCAGUAUAAAGUGAAAUAUUUAAGAUGUAAUUUAAAGGUGUGGUUUUACUCAGUUGAGAAUCUCAAUUACAAAUAUGUUUUAUUCAUCUAUUUCACAUGAAUUUAAUCAUGAUUAUUUUUGUUACAGUAAACAACAGAUUAUAUUUCCUCAUGCUGUAAAGCUGAUUUAUCUUAAUAAAUAUGAACACAGACAUACAGUAUGACAUCUCAGUUGUGCCGGCUGUUCUGUUUAAAAUAAUAUAGAAAGAUACAGCAACAAGUUCAUGAGCAGAAUGUAAAAGUAGUUUAGCUUAAAAGCAACUGCUAAGAAAAUAAAAGUAUAUACAUACUUUACACAUUUAUGUGAGUAUU